AUGAUAUAUAAGGUCGGCGCUGACGCUUCUGCUCAUAAGUCCACUGGUGUGCGCACCACAAGCUCCACACAACACUUGCUCCUGAUUCCUAGCAAACACUCAGCAACUAUGGCGAGCCACAACCAACUGAAGACGAGUGCCAUGUUCCUGAGUGGCGCAGUCCUGCUGUUCCUGGCCUCGCUGUCUUGUUCGCUGCCUGUGGACUCCACGUCCUCGGAUCAAGCAGUCAUCGUCAACGGCACACAAGUGGCCAUUGCACCCAUGGCCGACGUGUUCGUGUACUGCAGGGCACACGUGUCCACCACGGACGACCUGCACCACUACAGGCUGGAGUGGCACGACUCCCAAGCACCAAUUCCCUCGUGGAAUAGCAAUGUGGGCGUUUUUUCUCUGGGCAGCGGCACCCACGUGCCUCACGCCUACCUCGUCUUCCACAACUUCAACGGCGCCAACAACGCUGGGACUUACACCUGCAAACUGUUCAAGGGAAACCACCUCGUCGGCUCAUCCGCCGUCACCGUCUCGCAGUCCUCGGCCCGAUAGUCAGAACACAUCGCUUUACUGAAUCUCAAGAGCAUAUUUAUUAGCAGCUAUUUAUUUAUUUAUCCUUCUGUGUUA